CGAGGCCUGUAUCAAUUAUCAAUUUCUUGUAUUGUUAAGUUAUUUAAAAUUAAAGUGCGCAGUGAUAAAUAUGUUGCACAAAUCUGCCGUUCUGCGAUCGAGCAUCUAUAGAAAACAUGUGGCUUACUUUUCUAAUAAGACUCGACGAACAAUAGCAAUCAGACGUGAGGACCAGUCAGUAUGGGAGCGCCGAGCACCUUUUGCGCCGGCCAAUGUAAACCGACUAGUCAGAAACGGAGUCAAGGUCAUUGUACAGCCGUCCAACCGAAGAGCUUACCCAAUGCAGACAUAUUUGAGCGCGGGUGCAGUGGUUCAAGAAGACAUUAGCGAAGCCAAUGUGAUCUUUGGCGUAAAGCAAACGCCCAUAGAUCUUUUGAUUCCUAACAAAACCUACUGCUUCUUCUCGCACACUAUUAAAGCACAGGAGGCUAACAUGCCGAUGCUUGAUGCUAUAUUAGCCAAGAACAUUCGACUGAUAGAUUAUGAAAAACUAAUGGAUGAUAGUGGCAACCGAGUGGUAGCCUUCGGCAAAUACGCUGGAGUUGCUGGCAUGGUAAACAUCCUGCAUGGCAUUGGUCUCCGACUCCUGGCGCUUGGUCACCACACGCCGUUCAUGCACAUAGGCCCAGCUCACAACUAUCGUAAUUCUAGCAUGGCCAGACAGUCGAUUCGUGAUGCUGGUUAUGAAGUCGCCCUUGGAAUGAUGCCUAAGUCCCUUGGUCCUCUCACUUUCGUUUUCACUGGAUCUGGUAAUGUGUCACAGGGCAGUCAAGAAAUCUUCCAUGAACUACCUCAUGAAUAUGUCCCACCUGAAAUGUUGAGAAAAGUUGCUGAACAUGGAAGUCCCAAUAAAAUAUACGGUUGCGAAGUUCGGCGAAGACAUCACUUAGAACGAAAGAACGGAGGUGGAUACGACCACCAAGAAUACGAAGAAUUCCCGGAAAGAUAUAUCUCCACUUUUGCACAAAAGAUUGCACCAUAUACCUCAGUUCUCGUGAACUGCAUUUACUGGGCUGUCGGCAGUCCGAAACUAUUGACGAUUCCCGAUGCCAAGCAUUUGCUCUUACCUUCUAAUACGCCAUGGCUUCCCACGAGUAUUGGUGCACCAGCCUUACCCCACAGAAUGUUGGCGAUUUGUGACAUUUCUGCGGAUCCUGGCGGUUCCAUCGAGUUCAUGAACGAAUGUACUACGAUCGAUUCACCCUUCUGCCUUUACGAUGCUGACAGAAACAAGGACCGCAAUAGCUUUAAAGGACCAGGUGUUCUAGUAUGUUCUAUAGAUAAUAUGCCUACGCAACUUCCGAGGGAAUCAACAGAUUUCUUUGGAGACCUACUUUUCCCUUACGCUGAAGAUAUUAUGAAUUCUGACGCGACAAAACCUUUAGAAGAACAUAAUUUUUCGCCAGUUAUACAAGGGGCAAUCAUCGCUAGUAACGGAAAGUUAACACCGCCUUUUGAAUAUAUCAACGAACUAAGGAUGUCAAAUACGCGUUCUCGACACAAGGUGGAAGGCAAUAACCAGCUUACUCAAGUACUCAUUUUGGGCAGUGGUCUUGUCGCACCUCCAGUCGUAGAAUAUUUGGCUAGAGACAAAACUGUUGCUGUUGUUGUAGCAUCACAAAUAAAAGAAGAAUCAGAUAAACUAGCCGAAUGUUAUGGAGUGACUUCAGAGUAUCUUGAAGCAAACGAUGAAUUCGCUCUUCGCAAGUUGGUGUCGAAUGCACGAAUCGUGAUUUCCCUACUGCCCUACGAUCUUCAUGGUAGAGUGGCCAGAGUUUGCCUUGGCGCUGGGGUCCACAUGGUUACAGCCUCUUAUGUUUCUUCUGAAGUACAAGAACUUCACAAGGCAGCGAAGGAUGCAGGUUUAACUUUAUUGAAUGAAGUCGGAUUGGAUCCUGGAAUUGACCAUUUAUUGGCACUGGAAUGUAUUCACGACAUUCAAAACCGUGGUGGUAGAGUCGAUUCAUUUGUUUCCUACUGUGGAGGACUGCCCGCACCUGAAUAUAGUGACAACGCUCUACGAUACAAAUUUUCUUGGAGUCCUCGAGGAGUAUUGCUUAACACUAUUUCUGGAGCCAAAUAUCUCAGCAGAGGACAGAUAGUGGAAGUGCUCAGCGGUGGUGAAUUGAUGUCAGUAGCUCGUGAACUUGACUUCUUACCAGGUUUUGCAUUCGAAGGAUUUCCUAACAGAGAUAGUACUAAGUACGCCCAACUCUACGGCAUUCAAGACGCUCACACAAUGUUCCGAGGCACUAUGCGAUACAAAGGUUUCGCGGAAAACAUGAAAGCAUUGCAAUUAUUUGGACUAGUAGAUCCCAAUCCUCAUCCAUCUUUACAUCCUGAAGGACCAGAAAUUACAUGGCGCCAAUUUGCUUGUGAACUCCUCGGUCUAACGGACCCGUCAAUCUUCUAUGAAAACUUGAAGACAAGACUAACGGAGCGUGUUGGCAACUCGGGUGCACAGGCAAUUGAAUCUCUCGGUUUUCUCAGUGACGAUCCCAUAAUUAAAAAGAACACGCCCUUGGACACCAUCAGCCAUUAUCUUAGCAAGAAAUUGGUGCUCGGUAAAGAAGAAACAGAUCUUGUAGUCCUACGACACGAGGUUGGAGUGACAUGGAGCGAUGGGAGAAAGGAGAGAAGAGACAUCACAAUGACCGUCCGAGGUGACCCAGCCACACACACCGCCAUGGCUCGAACUGUGGGACUUCCCACUGCUAUUGCCGCUAAAAUGGUUCUUGAUGGUGAAAUCCAAGAGCGGGGAGUGGUACUACCUUUCUCACCGGUAGUCUACAAAUCACUUCUCUCCAGGCUUAGGGCCGAAGGAAUUACUGCCAAGGAGAGCACCAAGCCUCUCAACUAAGUAACAAUAAAUAUAAGCUUGUAGGACUAUAGUCAAAGCGCUGUUACUACGACAGUAAAAUAAACUUUGUACUGGCUUGGGCCGAAAUUACUUAUUAUAAUGUACUAAUUAUAAAUUAUAUUUCUAAUAAAAACUUAGUAAAUUUAUCCAAUUGUUGUAUUUUAUAAGGUGAUAAAAUUUUGCUAAAUGUAUGAGAAAGCACACGUGAUGGCAUUGAAUUUUGUUUUAAUUA